AUGACGUGGUGCGUCGCUAGUUUGUUUUUUGUGAUAUUUAUUAGUUAUUCAAAUGCUCAAGUACCUCCAAGACUUUCAAUACCAGGAGCUGUAUUAGUGAGUAACAUUCCACAGCAAAGACCUCAACCCAACCAACAGUUUAGACAAGCUAGAAUUUUAGAUUCUGCACCACCUCUACCACCAAUUACCAGGUUACGUCGUCCUCAACAAAUUCCAAACGCUGUACCACUACCCAUAAGGGAGAUCAGACCUGUGGUGGAAGAACCAGAAGAUAAUCAAACACCAGUUGGAAAUUUUGAUGACGAAGUAAACAAAUUAGGUCUUUCCGUUCUUCAAUCUGCUCUUCGCGACGCUGUUUCCGAAGAAGAAGUGGAACAAGAACAACCAGCGCCAUUGCCUUUCAGGCCCCAGAGACCGAUUCCGAUCCUGAGGGAAAAUAUUCGGGAGCAUCCCAGACCCAUUGCCCGACCCGCUCCGGUACAGAAACCGAUUCAAAGACCGGAACCGAUACAACCCGCCCAAAGGGGCCCGAUUUUCAGAGGCGACGUUCCUCAAAGAGCCCAGAAGCAACAGGAAUACAGGGAAGAGCAGCCCGUUCAACAGCCAAUCAGACAAGUCGUCAGACAGCCAGUCAGGCAACAGCAACCUCAACAACAGCCUGUCCAAACGCGUAGACCUGCAUCUCGUCCAACCUAUGAUAGCGAAGCUGAAGCUGACAGAAGGAAAAAGCCAGUGGUGCAAAUUUUAAGCAAAUUUAGAACCGACAAUCCCGAUGGCAGUAUUUCCUGGGGAUUUGAAAACGAGGAUGGUACCUUUAAAGAAGAAACCUUGGGAAUAGAUUGCAUCACAAGAGGUAAAUAUGGAUACAUUGACCCAGACGGUGUUAAACGCGAGUACAAUUACGAGACCGGUCUGAAAUGCGACCAACCGGAACAAGAAGAAGAAGAAGAGUUGGCACCACAAAGAAAAACGGUUCAAGCCCCUCAAUCCAGAAAAAACUUGCCGCCACAAUUUAGGCCGCAACCGGGGUUACAGCUAAUUUAA